AUGGCAGAGGGUACAAGAUUAAAAACUAUCGAUGGUGACGUUAGAGCAUUGAAGGAUAAAGUUGACGAGCAAGAAAAGCAGAAAUUUAUGAAGCACGCUUUCGGAGAAACUUCUAAUACUAAUCCGUGGCAUAUAAAAUUUCCGAAAUUUUCUGGUGAUGACCCAAAUGGUUGGAUUUACAAGGCUGGGCAAUAUUUCUAUAGGAAUCAGAUAGAUGAAAGUCAGUGGCUUAACAUUGCAUCUUAUAAUAUUGAAGAGGAAGCGCUGCAAUUUUAUAGGUGGUUCAACAAUACUCGUGGACAGUUUUCAUGGAAGGAUUUAACAAUCAGAUUAUUACAACGUUUUGGGCCUAAGGAAUUCGAAGAUCCAGCAGGAGCACUAUCAAAAUUGCGCCAAACUGGAACUGUUACAGAAUACCAGAAGGAGUUCGAACGUCUAUCAAACUUGGUUCAUGGCUUAUCAGAAGAAUUUCUUGUUAGUUGCUUCAUUAGUGGUCUUCGUGAUGAUAUUCAACCAGGUGUGCGGAUUUUCAAACCGAAAGAUUUGCUUACUGCUAUCGAAUUAGCACGGCUUCAAGAAGAACAACUUUGUGCCACCAUAAAGACACCGCCAUCAACGUUCUCCACCCAACAUCCAAAUCAGCAAUUUCGACCAUCCCCAUACCAACAAUUUAGACCUCACUCACCUCGUCCGUGGCUACCACAAAACCAUUUAUCUUCUAAUUCAGUACCCAACAAAACACAAUCUAGUUUAUUAGGACCACCUCCAAAAUCCACACCUCCAAAAUCUACACCACCAUUUCAGCGAAUCUCAGCAAACGAAAUGAAGGAAAGAAGGGAAAAAGGUCUUUAUUACCACUGUGAUGAAAAAUAUUCGUUCGGACAUACAUGUAAAAAUCCACGAAUUUUUCUUUUAGAGGGAUGUUUUCCAGAAUCAGAUUGCGAUGCAGGUGAAAGUGACGAUCCUGUAGAAGACAAUAAUGGUGAGCAAUCUCCUGAAAUUUCUUUACAUGAGAUUGUUAGUACGAAUACUCCCCAAACAAUGAGACUAGUUGGUAGUUUAUGUAAUAAACAAGUUUCUGUUCUAAUUGAUUCUGGGAGCACCCACAAUUUUCUGGAUCCACAAGUUGUUACUCGUUUGAAUAUUCCUAUUAGUGCUGGUGGUAAAUUCAAAGUGAUGGUGGCUAAUGGCACUUAUUUAGAAAGUGAAGGAAGAUGCCUUAAUGUGAAGAUAAGUCUUCAGCAAGUACCUGUUGUUGCUGAUUUCUUUGUUCUUCCAUUGGGAGGUUGUCAGGUAGUACUGGGAGCACAAUGGCUACGUACUCUUGGACCUAUUACUUGGGAUUUUACAGCCAUGGUUAUGUCUUUCAAACUUAACGGAAUGCGACAUCAUUUAAAGGCCAGCGAGUCUGAUUCUGUAGAUGUGUUGGAAGCGACCGAAUUUACUAAAGAAUUUUGGCAAUCUGGAAAGGGGCUGAUGUUGCAUUUGAUUUCGUUACAAGAGGUACAAGUUAUGGAUGACGUUCAACCGGGGAUAAAAGUAAUAUUGGAUGAAUUCACCAGUGUGUUUUCAGAAGCGCUUGGACUACCAUCUAGCCGUUCUCAUGACCACAAAUUUUCGCUGUUAGACUCACAUGGACCAGUCAAUGUGCGCCCUUACAGUACCCUCAUUUUCAGAAGAAUGAAAUUGAAAAGUUAA